GAUUUAUCAUGGAAGAUAAAACUCAUCUGCGGGAUCCUAACGAAGCAUCAAUUAAUCCAAAAUUGCAUAACACAGAUGAGAAAUAUUCCUCUCCAGUAGUAGACAGACACGAUGAUUUAGAUAAUGGACCCAGAAGAUUUGUUGGGAGUAAUCAUAAAGCAGGCUGGAUGAAUGCUAGAACAGAUCAGAAAGAUGAUUUCAAUAGACUAAAUGGAGGCCUUUUCGGAGACAAUAAAAUCAACCUCCAAAAAUUCAACAAGUAUACUGAUAACAAGAGGAAGGCAAAUUAUCAGAAUUUUUAUAAGAAGAUGCUAGAUAAGCAAAUAGAGCUUAAAAGAAAUAGAGAAAUGGAGACGAGAGUGAAGGAAAUGAGGGAGGAUGUGUUCGCAGCUAGUCUGGGUAAAUCAAGCACAAACAAGUUUAACAUUGAUCCAAAGUUUCAGAAUUUUAGAAACCCAAUGGAAUAUGAUAGUGUUGGUGCUUAUAAUAAUAAAACUAUCGACUGCUUACCCCACGAGUGGAAUGAGCCUGGAAUGAGAUAUUUGAGGAAGUCAAUGAGCACAACUAAUAAUGGUAGCAAUUUUAGAAAGGAUAGCCAUAGCAGAGGCCUAGUUAACAAGAGUGUUGAUCAUUCCUUGACAAGAUAUAAUGCUCCUCCUUCAAUGAGAUAUAAAAAACAUUCGUAUAAUCAAGGCGAUGGAAAAAGAUCAAUGCUAGAGCCUUUGAUGAAUAUUGAUACAAGAAGAAAUAUUAGAAAGCAAAUGACCCAGAAUUAUAAAUACGAGCUUGACAAGCAGGUAGCCAAGAAGCAAGCCAAACCUCAAGAUAUAUACUGAAAGUAUUCAUUCGAUGAAGGAAUGGCUGUCACUGAUGAAAGAUCUCAAGCUUAUCCAGUCAAUCAGAAUGGAUCAAUUGUGAGGGAUUCAGAUUAUGACAGACAAAUUACUAAAUUCAUUGAAAGAGACAUGGCCAUCGAUAACAAUUAUAAGAAAGAAAUAUAUGAUGAGGAUGCUUUCAAAAGAAGAGAUCUCCGUGCAAAAAUAAAAAAUUUGACAAGUACUUACUCCAAUCAGCAAAGAAUGAAUUCUGCUAUGAAGUACUCAAACAGCCAUAGAGACUAUUAUGAUUCACCUAUGAAAACACCUCAAGUCCAUCAAAGAAAGUCUUCGCAUAAGCAAGGAGAUUUGAAGUUAAGAGAGAAGAUAUAUUCAAAAAGAGCAUCAAAAGAAUCAAAUAAGACCAGAGCAGAUUCUCAAAAUAUGAGAUCAAAUGUUGGAUCAAGAGAUGAGAGAUUGAAAGUUCCAAAGUCUUUAAGCGAUAAAAAGGCAAUCUCAAAGCCAAAGAAUGAUGCUCCACAAAAUAACAAAAGUGUCGAGCAUAUCAAUAAAGCAAUUACUAACCAGAUAAAUGAGUCAGCACCUGAACCUCCAGGAAGUUUUAUCGAAACAGAAGGAUCAAGGAGAAAGAGAUUAUUGCAGGUUUCUAAUCAAGUAAACUCUGGAAACCCAUUUGCUAAACUAAAGAUGCCAACUAACGAGGCAUAUAUGGCUAAGCAUUUAGGAAUGUUUAGACCGUUCUAAAAGUUUUCAACUA